AUGCGACAGUCUUCAAUGCAGCUUCUGGCUGCAACUUGUCUGCUCAUCGCAGUCGCAACCGCUCGUCCCGACGGUGGUCACAGUCAUGAAGGUGGCAUGGACAUCGGCAUGGACAUGGGCAUGGACAUGAGCCAGAAGGAUUCCAUGGCUAAAGCAGAAGAUGAAUGGGAUCUCAGCUACUGGGCUUACGGCGAACACAGCGCAUCGAUCACAGCUCAUAUUGGUCUCGAGGUGCUUGCUUGGUGCUUCGUUUUGCCUGUCGCUGUCAUGCUGAGUGUCGCGCAUUCGCGAUUCACUAUUCCCACUCAGUUCGUCUUUUUGAUUGUGAAUGGAAUCGCCUUGUUCUUCGGCCUGAUCUACAACGCUUCCACCCCCGAUCUGUACGAGAACAAUGCGCAUCACAAAAUCGGAUGGAUCGCAAGCUCAGUGGUCGUUGCGCAAGUCGUUAUUGGCAUCGUUUACGCUUACUCGGGUCGGCGCACCAAGAAUAUGGCCCCCGAGUAUGAGCGCGCAACUUUCUUCCCCGUGUCGACUCAGAAUAUGAUGGAGCAUCAGCAACUGUAUACCCCUGUGCACGAGUAUCGCUGGUCCGGAGACAGCGGUCAGGGUACCAGCUGCCCUACUUCUCCCGACGAGGAACAUCACCCCAUGACCAAGCCGGAAGAAGAGGAGGACGAUAUUGAGGUGCCGACUCCCCUUGCUCGCGGUUGGUUGCGUAGUGCGUUCUUGGACCGAUUCUUCGCAAGUCGCGUGCCUGGUCUGGUCUCGAAUAAGGUGUUGCGCGCAUUGCGUCUUGUUUACAACAUCAUCGAUCGCAUCAUUCUGCCUUUUGGGUUUAUUGCCUUGGCCACCGGAGGCGUCACUUAUGGCGGUAUCUUCAAAGCUCGCAGUAUCUUCAGCGGCCUCGCCCACUUCAUCAAAGGCGGUAUCUUUUUCUGGUACGGUCUGAUCGUGUUGGGACGUUACAUGGGCUGCUGGGCCAACUGGGGAUGGUCCUGGAACUUGAAGCCGGCCAACUGCCGUGCCCCCACUGGCGAAUUUGUCGAGUCCACUCUUAUCUUCAUUUAUGGUUCCACCAAUGUUUUCCUGGAGCACCUAGGCGGUUGGGGUCAGGCAUGGUCUCCUCAAGAUCUUGAGCACGUUUCCAUUUCUGUCAUGUUCUUUGGAGCCGGAUUAUGCGGUAUGCUCCUCGAAUCGAAACGGGUCAAGAAGUGGUUGAAGCAAAGCAUCCUCGGCACCUCUCGCAAUCAAUCCAACGAAGACGAGGAAGAAUCUUCAAGCGUCUCUUUCAACCCGAUGCCGGCAUUGAUUAUUUUCUUGCUUGGUAUGAUGAUGGGCGGACACCAACAGAAACAAAUGGUCUCGACAAUGGUUCACAAACAAUGGGGCUCUCUUCUUUCCGGCGCUGCAUUGGCUCGUGGCGGUACCUAUGCUUUGACUUAUAUCAAGCGGCCGACUUCGUUUCUCCCUGCUCGUCCACCGACAGAGUUGAUUGGUGCCUUUUGCCUGAUUUCUGGCGGUCUGAUCUUUAUGCUCAGUGUAAGUCUCCAAAAGAAAUAAAAAGUGAAAGAAUGCUAAACUCGACUGAAGGCCUCCGAUAUCAUGGACGUCAUGGUCUACUACGACCUCGAUGCCAUGUUCACAUUCAACGUCGCCAUCGGACUUAGCUGCUUCAUCAUGGCCUGGGAAAUCGUCGUGCUUGCCAUCAAAGCCUGGGCCGUCAAGAAAGAAACCGCUCAAUCGCACGCUCGAUCGUGGUCAUCCGCUUAAUCGACCAGCGCACCCCUUCGCCGGCAACAACGGUAUCGAACGAGGAAUAGACGAAAAGGAAUCUCUCCUAAUAUUUUCUUUCUUAUAUAUUCAGAGAUGAAUAUUUCUUUUUAUGAUUCGCUUCAGCCUUAUACCCCUAUACAGUUUUUAUUCUUUCCUUUUUUAUGAGAUGACUGGAAAUCUGGCUCAUCCGGAUAUGAGUUAUGGAUGUGACGGAUUGGGAGGAAUAUGUGGUCUGAUGUCAGACAGAUGAAUAUGGAUAUAUGAAUAUUUGAAUGGGUAUUAUGAUAAUGUUGAUAAUGGAAUGGGAGGUUAAUAGGCAAUGAUCUAUCAGUACU